GAUUGAAGACUUGGAUCAAGUCGCCGGUAAACGACAAAGGCACUAAAACUAAUUUCCCAAUUCUGGUUUUCUUCUUGUGUUCUUUGCCAGUUAGGACACCAACUCUGUUAAUCUGUCGACAUUUUCAACAAUUCACCAAAACGUUUCUCAUCUUAACCAAGAAAAUAUCCUUUUAUUUCACCCUGUCAACUGCAAUUGGCUCUUGUUUUUCCUUACGUUUUAAUUGGUCAAUGCACGAUUCUUGAUUUCAUAAAUCAAAACUGUUUCUUUUCGACUUUCCUGUUCUCCCUUUCUAUUAUUCUCUUUGAAGUAGCAAGAAAAUUCACAUCGAAAAGAAUGGUGGAUCCGAACUGGGAGCUGAAGAAUUGCUGUCAGCACGAACAAGUUGUGUUUCUUGUCACAAUUGGCGUCUUCACUCUUGUUAUUCUUGCACUCUGGAGGACAUUUCUACUGACGCCUUUUAAGCUCAUCACUGUAUUUCUUCAUGAAGUGAGCCAUGCAAUUGCUUGUAAGCUUACAUGUGGUCAGGUAGAAGGUAUCCAGGUUCAUGCAAAUGAAGGUGGCGUCACUCUAACACGUGGUGGCAUUUAUUGGCUGAUCUUACCGGCUGGAUAUCUUGGUUCAUCAUUUUGGGGCAUGGUUCUUGUACUUGCAUCAACAAAGCUUCUCACUGCAAGAAUUGCUGCUGGUUUUCUUAUCCUUGCCCUUCUUAUUGUCUUCUUCAUUGCCAAAAACUGGACACUGCGGGGGCUUUGCAUUGGAUUUAUCGUUUUUAUCGCUAUCGUUUGGGUGCUGCAAGAAUUAACUAAAGUUCGUAUUCUUCGCUAUGUUAUUCUCUUCAUUGGUGUUAUGAAUAGUUUGUUUUCUGUCUACGAUAUAUACGAUGAUCUGAUAUCUAGAAGAGUCAAUUCGAGUGAUGCUGAAAAGUUUGCUGAACUUUGCCCCUGCCCUUGUAAUGGAGCUGCGUGGGGAGUUAUAUGGGGAAUGAUAUCCUUCAUAUUUCUUUCGGCAUCAAUAUAUCUUGGACUUGUCAUCUUGUCAUGAGGGUUCAGAAACUUAGUUCUCGAUCAUGAUCCAGCGUUGUACAUCGUGAUCUUGACCGUAUAGUUUGUUUACUAGAGAGCGUCAGAUUCAUUUCUGGCUGUGUACAUAUAUGGCCACAUUCUUCUCUGUUGAUUCUCAUCUCAGCUUCAUUGAGAUUCAUUCUAAUCUUGUUUCCUACCAGUAUAUCAUUAUUUAGAUGUUUGGUGUGAAAAUUGGCAUUUCUCUAUAUUGUUUCUCUAAAUUAUUGUAGUAGAGAUAGAAUAACAUACCCGUAUUUGUUUGAUAUUUUCUUACUCGUAUUUUGUAUUUAAAUACUACUAGUAAUAUAUUCAGAUGAAGUAUGUAUAUUAUAAAUUCUGAUGA